GGCAGACCUGCAUGAACAAAGUAGGAGGCUAGUUGGCUAGUGAAACUAGUUUUGUUUUUUCCAUUUAUCUAAAAUCGUAACGUUAUCACUUCUGAGAACGUUCAAACUUUCAUCAAAUCAGACCAAAUGGGACCUAGUGUGGUUGAUAACACUUAAUUGCGUUUUACCCUCCUACCCUUUCGACGUAUUCAUAUUUUUUGGCAAUUUUUACGGUUCGCUGUUGAACGCGUUGACCUGGCUUGGAGAACAUGGCCAGUCCAGAACCGAAGCAAGCUGAGGCUGAGGGACCUUCAGUGCUGUGCAAGACCCCUUGUCCUGUGGACUUCUCUCAGUUCUCCCCUUCGAAAUUUGGCAUCUCCACCCAGAGCUUCACCCCUUCAUCUUCGAAAAGCAAAGAUAAAUCCAAACUAUCCAAGAUAAAGUCUCUGCGAAGGUCCUCCAUCGGUGCCCGGGGCUCUCCAGGGACCAAUAGCCUCAUCCACUUCAUGGCUCAGCACAGGGCGAAGACCCCUCCGGUUUUCAAAACCCCAGAGGCUUUCAAGAGGAGUCCCUUCCCAAUCAGAGUGUCGUCCACGCUUAAGCUGAAGAUGGCGUCUUUCCAGAGCCUAAUGGAUGUGGAGGAUGUGGAGGAGGGGGAACACUGUGAUCCAGGGGCCGGGCCAAAGCAGGAUCUGUCUGAUGGAGGUUUGGACAGCGAUAAGGAGAACUGCUCACCGAGGUCCGUACCGAGCAAGAGGAGGCGAGUGGGGGCCCCGGGGCUCUGUGUAUCUGAGAUUAGCGGGGCCAGCUCUCCUAUCUUACCACACUUCAGCGGCCAGGCACACCCAGAGGAAACGUCCUUUGAAGUCCAAAGCACCAGGACGCCUCCGCCGUCGGAGCUCGCGGAGCUGGUGGCGGUGGAUCUGCCGGCCCAGCGGCUGCUCUCCUUCCCCUCAUCGCCUUCCAGCCCGCCCCUGCUGGAGAUGAAGCCCUUCGUGGUGCCGUCGGAGGCAAACUCCACCCUGAAGAAGAACAAGAAGCAGGUGCGCUUCGGGGGGCCCCUGACCCCGGAGUUCUUCGACAAGAACCUGCCCCCCAGCACCCCUCUGCAGAAGGGCACCACGCCAGCGCGCGCCGAGCCCCCGACCCCCGGCCUGGGCCCGGGCUCUGGGCUGCGCUCGCUGCUCAAGACGCCCCAGCGGCCCGCGGGCUGGACGCCGCUGCCCCAGCCGGCCUUCUGCAGCCCCACCUUCGGGGCCUCGCCCACGCUCUCGUUCUCGUUGCAACGGGGUGCACAGACACCGGAGAACGAUUGCGAGAAGAUUGUGUUCCCUUCCCUGGAGGAGACGGACUUGCCACUUUUAACUGACGAAGAUGUGUUGGUGGUUCAGCCUUUGGACCUAAACCUGGCCUUCCAAGAGUCCCUCACAGAUGCCCCGUCAGGUGGUGCUGCUGCAGCAGAGCCCGGGGCCCCACCCUUGGAAGACCCUCAGGCCCCCCCAGAGGAGCCCCCACAAGCCCAGCUAGUAGGACCUGGACCUGAACCAGAGACCGCUGUCGACGCCCCGGCCAGCUCCGACACGCCAAUAAAAAAGGCAAGGUCAGAAGCAUCACCCCCUUCUGCGAUCCCUGCGCUGGUCAACUGUGUGAGGCAGAAGAGAAAGCUACCGACGGAGAAGACGGAACCUGUGAGGCGGUCGUCGCGCUCCGCUGCCAAGUCGGGCUGCGGCAAGAUGCAGAAGGACCGUGGGUGGGGGUCCAAGGUGGUGGACCGCUCCCUGUACGGCCAUAGGGAGUACGCUUCCAAGAACCCGGCCCUCAGUCCCAUCAGAGAGGGCCUGAGGGGCCGCAGCCCCUCGCCCUCCCCGCAGUCGCCUGGCAGCCGGAGGCGGAGCAUAGUCACAGGCGAGGACCCGGCCUGUCCGUCCUCGCCCACCUCCGAGCCAGCGAUCACCAGCCUCCCUGCCCCUGGCGGGGCCUCUAUGGCUCAUCUCACCCAGAAAGAGGACACCACCAGCAGCAACACCACACCACCACCCUCGGACGCCCCAGCCGACGCCGCCAUCCCCGACCAAGAGGUCUCCAGCUCGGGGAGGAAGAAGAAGAGGUCCAGCGGGCCGGCCAAGGAGCCGGCGCAGCGGCGGCGUAGGAAGGUCAGCGUCCCUGUGGAUGCCUGGCUCACGGAGGAGCCGCAGGAACAGCCGGAGGCCACGGUGACCGGGCCUGGGAGCAGCGUAGCCGAGACCAUGAGUGGGGACGACGAUGCGCAGCGCGGCCAGCCUCUCGUCGAGGACGGAGAGAAGGUAGAAGAGGAACAAGAGCCAGGGAGCCACACUGUUGACCCCGCUCCCACUGCACCCUGUCCGCCUUCAGAGGGGGAAGCGGUGGGAGGAGCGGGGAGUCGCGAGGAGGAGACGUCGGCCCUUGAGCCAACACGAGAAGAGGCCCCAGUUGAGCUGGCACCCUGGCAGAUGGCCUUUACACUUGAAGAUGUGUUCAAACGGGCGCCCGCAAAGGAGCAGCGCUCGGUCCGUCGGAGUCUGAGGAACCAGCGGAACAAGGAGGAACACUGUGGCAGCGGGGUCUCGGGGCUGGCCUGGCUACCCAAAAUCUCCCCGGAGUCGCUCGGGGUGACCCGGCGCAAUGCCCGCCGGAAAAACCAGGGCCGGAGGGCCAGCGCUUCCCUGGUCCUCAAGACCCCACUCACACACUGAGGCCUAUUCCCCCACUGCCGGAGCUCCAUUAGUCCAUUAGGAACAUUUUUAUGGGUAUCCAUCCUUUUAAUGGAAAACUCCCCCUGUUUUUGAUUAAAUAAAGGCCAUGGCUACCCAAACCUACUUCUUGGUUUCUUUUGUUACUGUGAGCCGAACUCGGGGGGGGGGGGGGGGUUCUGUUUAGCUGGGAUUCGCUAGAUGCCGUCUGUAAUUCUCCCCUCUUACCGAACCAAUCAAUAGACGGGAGAGUCCAAUCAUCUCAACCGACCACCGCCGCCUUCCAAUCAAUAAGUCUCCACUCGUGGUAAUCACUGUGCAUCUUUAGCCCUCCAGAGCUAUGGGAUCACCUCCCUCCCUGCCUCUUUCUCUGGGUCAAUACCCUGCUUGUACAGAGAUGGGUGCUUAGUGCCUGCAGAAGUAUCUAUGCGGUUGUAAUAACGCUCUGAUUUACCUCAUACUUAAGGGAUGCUGUGAAAUUGGUUCUUGAGUUAUCUGUGCUUCCACCGCCUUGUUUAUGUGUUGUUUCUGUAACCAGCCCGGCAUCACUUUGACAUUUCUACUUUUACAUUUAUAGCUAUUCUCCUAUUGUGAUUGCAUUCUUUGAUUGUUGGAGCUCCUCAGCCCACUUCUUUUCGCUUUGGAUGAAAUUGUAUAUAUACCUCACUAUCCUUUUUUUCUUGUGUUUUUUGUGUAUUCUUAUUGCCGAAAGUGUUACAUUAUUUUUAGACUAUGCAAGUUACAAUAUUUUAUAACGGCAACCAGUAAGCCUGUCAAUGAUGGGUUAAAGUAAUUGGGAAUGACAUGUUGGCUAUCAUCCAGCAGAGGGCCCCCUCUGUAUAGAGUUACUCUCGUUCCCCGAUGCGUAAACCCUCAAACGUGGAUUUAAAAUUUCUGCUGUCAUUCCCGGGAGCCGUACCAGACUUUUCACUUUGAAUUGACUGAAAUGAGUGGCCUUGAACUCGGGGGACUGUCUGUUCACAAUUGGCCCGUGUUUCAGCCUCCUUCCAUCUGCCAGAAUGCCGUGAGACGACGAGAGACUUUUGCUAUUCAAAUUCAGAAAGAAGAAGAAAAGCCAGCAGGUAUGAUGCAUGAGUCUAAAACCUCCCUUUGCGAUCAACUUUGAGUGAGUUUUCUCAAGGUCACCCCAGCGGUGCACACACCCGCGUACCUCUACUCAAAUCCUACAAAAUGAGUGAUGGAUGGCCCAAUAGGCCUACCUGUGAACGAUACAGGGGUUACCCAGAUGUGGAUCUUGGACUGGUGGGGCUUUAUCGCCAUCUAGUGGUAUAAUUGUAACACGGCAAAGUACAUUUUCUUCUCCAUAUCGAGCUUCAAAUUGGACAUAUAGACAUUUGUACAGAAAAUAAACAAAUUUUAAAUGAC